AUGCUGAUAUUUUUUUAACUAUUUUCCCUUUCAAUUGGAUACUUUAUCUACAAGCCUUUCACAAGCAUUUAGGUACUUAAUGGGUUUUAUUUAUUAGUCUGGACCUUGUGAUACUUCAAAUAAUAUUUUGUAAAUACCAAACAGCCUUUUGGGUCCAGCCUAUUCAUCGUUUACAGUGGGAGGUUGGUUCAAAAAAGAUUCAUUAUUAAGCACUUCUAAAAACCUCCUUUUCUUAUUUGGUCCAGAUACGAAUAAUUAUGCGUACAUUUAUAUGAUUUAUAAUUAUAGUAAUUUUCAUUUGGCAGCCACUCUUAAUGAAUAGUUCAAAGUUCAAAGUUGUUAUACAACAAAGGAUUGUAUGACAUCAGAAACUUCAGAAUUAAUGAUAUCUGAUGUUGAUGAUAGAUGGAUUUAUGUUUUGGUAUCAAUUAAUUUUGCAAAAAAACUCUUACAUUAUAAAUUAGUAACACACUCAGAUACACUGCCAAGAAUUUAUAUUUAUUCUUCAACCUUGGAACUUAAAACAAUUCCCACUUUUACUGAUACAACAGGAAUUGUUAUAAAAAAUAAAGUUGUAAGUCUUUACAAUUUUAAUGGAUUUUGUGGUAAGUUUAAAGAAUUUACUUAUUAUGGUAAUCUUUAUACAGAAACAAGUAGAUAAGCAUAUAAUUUUGAUGUAGAAUACAUAACUUAUUGGAUGACAUUACUUCCAUCAACUACUUCUGCAUUAAACGCUUUAUCAUCAACUUAGGAUGUUGGAACAUUAAUAGGGGGUGUUACAUUUGAUGCUAAAUGGGGUUGGCAAUUCUAAAAAAACUAAUAUUCUCAAUUUAAUAAUUUAAGAAGCAGUUUUGGCGAUAAAUUUAUGAUAUCAGUGAAUGUUUUUAUUAGUAAUCCAAAUAGUGAAAUGAACUUUUUAUACAGAGCUGACUAGAAUUUGAACCCAUUAGUUUAGAUAAGAUUUAUAUCUUCUUCAUCAACCUUUAAUGUUUAAGUAUAGAUUGGGGGAGUUGUUGGAGAAGCACAUGGAUAGAUAUCUGCUCCUAUGAACACAUGGAUUCCAAUGUUAUUUUCUGUUUAUAAUAAUUUUAAUUUUUAUCCAGAAAAUGCCAAUCCAGGUAUGGCAUUAUUUGACAUUAUCACACCUUCAUUUUAAGAAUAUGGAAAAAAAUCAUUUAAAAUUUAUAGCGAUUCUUUAUCUGAUCAAUAUUUCAUUGGAGAUUAUCCAACAACUACAGUUUGGUACAAUGAUGCUUCUAAAUAUUUUAAAUAUGCUAAUAUUAGAAUAUUCAAAGGAUAUAACUAUCAAUUUUACAGUUCUCCAGGCACCAAAAAAUGUGUUAUUGAAGUUGGAGAGUUAUACCCUGUUUGCAUAGCUUGCAAUGGAAAUCCUGAUCCUUAUGGAAUGUGUAAUGAAGCAGGAACAUAAGAAGUUCCAGCUUCCUUAAGUGCCUCUGACUUGCUUUAAUGUCCAUAAGGACAAUUUUAUUCCACAUAAUGUUAAGUCAUCAAUAUUGAGAAUUGUUUAAGAGGAAGCAAUGCUAAUACUUGUACAAAAUGUAAUGUUGGAUCUACAUUAACUAGUAACACAUGUCCUGCCCCUACUAUGACAUCACAUUGUAUAACAGGGACAUAUGAAUGCAUUAAAAAAUAUAGUGGAGAUUAUAGCACUGUAAAUAUUUCUAAUUCUAUCAGUCUAAAAUGUGAUAGCAAAUAUUAUUUGGAUAAUCAGCAAUGUUUAGCAUGUGAAAGUAGUUGUAAUUCUUGUAUAAAUGGAACCUAAUGUGUAGAUUGUCCUGCAAAUUAAUUUUUGCUUAAAGCUACUCAAUUAUGUAGUUCUACUUGUGACACAGCAUAUAAAGACUCUGAUAAGAUGACAUGUAUUGACAGCUGUGCAGUCUAUUAAGUAGUAACUGAAGAUCUAAAAUAUUGCAGUAUGAAAUGCCCAAAUGGAUAUAAAUAAUAUUUGUAAACAUGCUUAUUAUCAUGUCCUUUAAAUACAUUUAAUGAAAAUGGUAUAUGUAAGAGUUGUCAUAGUAAAUGUUAUGAAUGUUUUGGAAGUUCAAAUAAAGAAUGUUCAAAAUGUAAUUUUGGUUAUUAUUUAUUAACAACUAUCUGUGAAGAUUUUUGUGCAGAUACUUAAAAAUUUGCUAAUUAAUUAGAAAAUGAGUGUACAGAUACCUGUGUAGCUCCUGGAGUUCAAUAUGGAAUGUAGUGUUUAUAUACAUGUCCAGUAAAUUAAUAUGAGGAUUCAACAAAAAAAUGUGUUUAAUAGUGUCCUGAUGGAUAUGUUGCUGUUGAAAAUGUAAUUACAGUAUCAUUAAAAUUCACUUUAAAUUCUAAAUCUUUUAAUGGUUUUGUGUGUCAAUAAUGUGCUGAUGGAUGUUUCACCUGUGAUAAUGUUGACUAACCAGGAGUAAGUGAAAAUUGCAUAAAAUGUGUUCCAGAUUAAUUUUUAGUUGGUCGAAAUUGUGAUGUUUCAUGCCCAACUGACUACCCUUUAGAAGACUCAUUAAAUUAAAGAUGUUUAACUGCAUGUCCUCCUUAAUUUUAUCAGUACAAUAGUAAAUGUGUUUUGAAAUGUCCGAACGGAUCUUAUGCAUAUGAUUAGAAAUGCGAAAAUACCUGUCCUGAUGGAACAUAUCCAGAAGUAGCUAAUAAUAGUUGUUUGUUAUGUGCUAAUGAAUGCAAUAAAUGUGAUGAAGGUGGACCAUCAAAUUGCAUAGAUUGUAAAGGUGGUUAUUAUUUGUAUGAUACAAUCUGUGUUUAAAUCUGUCCAACUGAUAGAAAAUAUCAUAACACUGUAACAUUUAUAUGUGAAUCUACAUGUCCAAAUUACUAUUUAGAUGAUGGUACUACUUUUGAAUGUUAUGAUUAAUGUCCUGCUAAUUUUAACGUAGAUGGAUAAAGAUGCACAUAUUAUUGUUCACUAGGAAAAUACUUAGAUGUGGACGUAUGCAAAGUCUGUGACCCUAAAUGUGCUAGAUGUGAUGAUGGUACAAAUUACAAUUGCACAAAAUGUUCUGCUAAUUACUAUUUAGAUGGAAGAACUUGCUCAUAUACUUGCGAUGAAAAUCCAACCUAUUAUAGAAGUGAUUAUGGUUAUGUUUGUGUUGAAAAAUGUCCUGGCACUCUACUAAUGGUUGAUUCACUCAAGAAAUGUGUAGCUCUUUGUCCAAACACUCAUUUAAAAUAUCUAGAUCAUUGCUUAUUAGAAUGUCCUAAAGGAUACUACCCUGAUAUCAACUUAAAAUGUUAGGCUUGUCCUUAAGAAUGCCUUGAAUGUUCUUCAGAUACAUCUUGUUCAUUAUGUGCAGCUAAAUAUUUUUAAUAAGGAACAGAAUGUCUAAGAACUUGUAAAAAUAAUUUUUAUCAAAAUCCUAUCAACUAUUAGUGUGAAGCAACUUGCAAUAAAUUAGUGAAUAAUGAUGGUUUAGGCAAUUUAUAAUGUUUAGACGAAUGCCCAAAUACUAAAGUUAAACAUUAAGGUUAAUGUACUUAUGAUUGUCCUGAUGGAUAUUAUAAAAAUGUUGAAGAUAAAAUAUGUUCUAAGUGCUCAUUAGAGUGUAAAACUUGUAAUGGAGGAACAAACGAAGAUUGUAUAGAAUGCCAAACAGGUUUUUAAAGAAAGGAAGACUUUUGUAUUGGCAUUUGUCCAAUAGGUACAUUCCUAAAUUAAGUAUCUUGUGAUUCUUGUGCUUUCAGAUGUGUCUCAUGUAUAGACUCUAAAUAUAAUUGCAUCUAAUGUAGAGGAGAUCGUCAAAAUGCACCACAAUGUUAUUGCUAAUCUGGAUACUAUGAUGAUAGAAAGAGUUUGAAUUGCUAAAAGUGUUAACCUCCAUGUGUGACUUGCUAAUCAUUAUCAUAUUGUUUAACAUGUUCAUUCAAUCUUGAACCUCCUGAUUGCUAUUGUAAACGUCCACCACCUAUUCCAUCUGAUUAUUGCAUUACAUGCAAAUUGUCCUUUGCUGAGUCAGUUAGAUUUAGUAGUGAUUUCACCCAAAUUAUUGUGAUAUUUACAUAUUCUAUCACAACCAAUUCAGAGGAUGCUUAUUUCUUCAGCAAAGAGAAUUGUUAAUAAUGGUUCAAAAAUACAAAUUUUGGAGAAUCUCCUAUUUGCUAAUAGAAUGGAAACAAAUACAUUAUAUAAUUAGGUAAUAACCCUACAAUUAUGCCUAAUGAUAUGAUUGAAUUUAAGGAAAACGUUUUUAUCGAUAAUAGUUUACAACUAUGCUAAGAUAUUUAUAUUGAACAAUUUAAUAACACUCAACUAGUUUUGUCUACUGCAAUAAUUCCUAAUGUGAUACUCUCAUACCCUGAAAAUGCAAUAUCCUAUUGUAUGGAUCUUAAUGUUGAAGUUAUCAAAGAAAUAUAUAAUGGAGGUAGAGCAAUGAUCUAUAAUUCAUGGACAACUAACAGCACAGAGGAGGCAAUCAAUUCUGUAUUAAGUUAGUAUGGUGGAUCUUCAUAUAUUAAAAUACCAGGAGGAACUAUGCUACCAAACUUAGCCUAUUAUAUCACCGUUAAUUAUUCCAAUUUCCUAGGUUAUAAUAAGACUACAACAAUUAAGGUUAUGACAAAAUCAACCAAUCCCUCAUUGUUAACUACUUUUGAUGAGACUGCUACAUAUUAUUCUAAUCUUGAAAUAGUAGUGCCAUUUACUAUUUACUCAUAUUCAUGUUCUGAUACCAAUGUUUAAGAACUUACAGAAAGCUAUCCUGUUACUUUAUCAAUUAAAUCAAGCACCUCAGGUACAAGUCAAUUUGAAUCUACAAUUGCAGCAGACACUGGAGUCGAUACUGCCUUUAAAAUACCUGAAGGAAAAUUAAAAGCCAGUUAAGAAUAUUUACUAGGAAUUUCUGUAGGAGAUAUAAAAUUAAGCAAAAAGUUGAAGAUUGGAAACAAUUAACUUUUCUCUGAAUUCCUAACAACUGAUAGAAUAGUUGGAAAUAAACAAUUUAACCUUACUGUUAAUGCUUCAGAUAAUGAUGUGCCUAAAAAUCUUAGCAAAAUUGGUCUUAGCUACACUUGGACUUGCAUUAAUCUAUAUUACAAUAUUCCUUGUAGAACAACUUUGAAUAAACCUUUAGUAAUGACCAAUAAUGAAUCCUUAAAUGUAUCUAAUUUACCCUCUGGUUUUGUUUAUUAAUUUUCAUGUACUAUAAAAAAAGAAUCUCGUUCAGUGACUCUAAAUUAGCAGAUCAUUGUAAGUGAUCUAAAUAUGACUGAAUAGAUUUAUAACACUGAUUUAGGAAAUAAAGAUAUUUUAGUUGUUACUGAUAACUUGCUCUAUAAUCUAGACGUGAGUUCCUAUUACUUAGUUAUUAUAAGGUAUUUCAAAAUAUUAAAGAUUGAAUACAUUGAAAAAUCAGUUCUAAGACUAAACUUGUAUCUAUAUCUAGGAAAUCUAUAAUCAUAGUAAGACAUUAGUGUUAUUGUUGGAGGAACUUUAAACCGAUAUAAUCUGAGAGUUAAACCAGCUCUUUUCUUAAACAAUUUAACUGUUACUCCUGCAUCUGGAUAUUCUCUUUAAACAGAAUUUUAGUUAAUUAUUGAUGAUGGCAUAAAAAAUGAUUCUGAUACUACCUAAUAUCAGGUUUUUGUUUAUAGCAAUUUUCAAGAUUUAGAGUGGGAUAUUGGCAAUUUUUCUAAUAAUAAUGGAUAUUUAUUAUUAGAUUGGGGAAAAGAGAAAACAAUAAAAAGUAUACUACCAACAUGUAAAUAUCUUCUAGUUAAAGUUAACAAAGAUGAUUAGUUUGGAAUGAGUUAUGUGGAAGUUACUGUCAAUAAAGCUAAAACUGCUGUUAGUGUAAAAAAUAACAUAGAAUUUGUUUAUGAUUAUAUUGAUUUCAAUUAGACCAAUCUAAUAUUAGAUCAAAUUAUUGUUAUGGAACUUUAUUUCCUUGAAAGUAUAAAAUGCAAUUAUAAUUGUUGGAAUCGAGGAGAAUGUGUAAAUUAAGUAUGUGUGUGUGAUUAAGAAUACUCUACUUUUUCAGACUGUUCUGGAAUUUUAAAUGAUUAAAAUGUUUGGGAUUAACUUGCCUCUAAAUUAUAUUCUGACUUGUCUUCAGCAGAAUAGUCUUAAGUUGUUAUUAAUUCUAUAGCUCUUUUAUAUCAACUAUCAUAUUUCAAAACUGUCUUUGAAUUAACAAAAACUGAAUAAUUGUUUUCAUAAAUAGAUACUUUUCUUCAACCCCAAAAUACAGAUACAGGGAUUAUUUCUUAAACCCUAUAAUCAAUUAAUUAUUAAGCAGCUUUUAAAAUUUUAAACUUUCUCUCUUCUCUAAAUAAAUAAUUAUUCACUAAUGAUUCUUAUGUAACUUAAAUGUAGACAAUUAACUAAAAAUUAUUUGAUAGUUAAAAUACUUUAAUAUUAUACACAGGAGAUAUUUUAUUAGAAGGAGAAACUCAAAAUUAUACUUCCAAUACUAUGUCUAUAAUGAUAGAAAAAAAAUCUUAACAAAAAAAAAGGCUAUUACUAGCAGAAAACUUACAUGUUGAUAGUUAUUUUGAAACAAAUAUUCUUAGGCUAUAAAAUAAUUUCCCUUAUCCAAAUCAUACUCAAUAACUUUAUUAUAAAUCAGAAAAUUAAGUAAGAGUAUAUACAGAGUUGAAGAAAAUAAGACCAAAAUAAAAGGUUUUUGAUUUCAUUUCUGUUGAUACUAAUUUGGUUUGUAUUUUAAGUACAGAUGCUAAAUAUUUUGACGACGUUGGUUGUCAAACGUCAUCGUAAAGUCCUCCUAUCACUUGUACUUGCGAUGCAGGAUAUGUAACCUUAGUUGAUGACUACUAGUAUUAUUAUAAACCAUUUUAUUUUGAUCUUAAUUUUGUUUUAGAUAGAAUAUAUUUACUUUUUGCUUUUGGUGGAUUCUCCCUUUUGAUGUUAAUCUUUUUGAUUAUUGGACAUAUAAGAGAUUCAAGAGAUAUUGAUACCACUAAACCAAUUCUCCCAGGAUUCAGCUAAUAGACUACUAUAAAGAAAGUUUCAGUAUUAAAUAGAGUGAGAAGAGCUCAAAUAAUGCCAAGCGAAGGAGAACCUAAUAGUCCAUCUGAAAGCCCUGAAAAACAGCAAUAGGAUUUUCAAUAAGAAUAGCCAGUUAGAUUGUUUAAUUCUGAAAAUCGACUUUCGAAUUGCUAUUAGGUAAACAAUUUAUUAGGGGCAAUAUUUUUAUUUAAGAAAAAUUUUGGUCGUAAGCAAAGGCUGCUUAUGAUCAUGAGUAGAGUAAGUAUUACGGCUGGAAUACUCGGAUUUAUAGUGAACAUGCAAAUUAUAUAGUUAGAUAUAAUUAUAUUAUUUGCCAGUGGAAUAAGCCUGUUACUAAGAAUUUUUAAUGUGUUAUGUGAGUAUUUGAAUACUAGAGGUCAGAAAAGGAAACAAUGUAUUUACACAUUCUUUAGUUACUUGAUAACAACAAUAUUUUUGUUUGUUGGAUUAUUAAUUUCAACAUUAUCAUACUUUUUAAUUUAUGAUAGACUUGUAAUCUAUUGGGGAAUAGGUCUUGCUUGCAUUUUAGUUUCAGAACUAAUUGUGACAGAUUUUAUAUUAUAAUUAGCAUCAUUAUUAAUAGAUUAUAUUAAAUUUAGAAGAUAAAUAGAAGAGGAUGAAGAAUAUGAAAAUGAGUAUGAACCUAUUCAUUUAGCAAAAAGUCCAGGAGAAAUUGAAGAUGAAAGUAAAUUCGCUUGA